CCCAGCGUGGGGGCGGAUUCGGACACGCGAUUUCGGACACGGAGCCAGAGAGAUAGUGCGUCUUUUUGCAGAGUCAGUUGACGGUAGAGGUUUUGGGUUAGCUGGGAGCUGAAUAAAUGGCGUCUGGGACAGUGAGAGAGUUUGAUCCGGAGACCUUCGCUCUGGACAAGUACAUCGAGAAGCUGUCUACGAGCGAUCCCAGGACGGGCAUCGGGCCGCUGAGAAAGAUGACGGUGGAGCCGUUCGACCCGCGCGCCCUCCUGGAGACGUUCGAGCGGAGUAUCCAGGUCCUGGGCGAGCUGGCCGAGAGGAACCAGCGCCGCGUGGAGAAACUGGAACACGUCUGUGCCAAGCAGGAGCACGAACACAACGGCCGCAUCGCGGAACUAGAGGGAACAUACAGAGAGGCAUUCGAGGAGUUCCAGACACUGGAGGACAGAAUAACAUACGUGGCGACGAAGGUGGUUCACCUGGGCGACCAACUGGAAGGCUCCAACAACCGGCGGAUGCGAGCCAUGGAGGCUAUAGACCUGAUGAAAUACCUCGACGAAUUCAAGACCAAGCCUCGUCCUAAUCUCAUCGUCUUCACUGACCCAGGCAGAAAACUGGAGGCGGCUGCUCUGAUUAACAAACUUCAGUCUCUCACUGCUGAGCUACCCAAUAACGACAUGUAUGCAAAGGUUCGCAGGCAUAUCUUUACAAAGUAUGCUGAAACUGAACAACUGCUGGUGAACGAAUUCAUCGAGUCGCUUCGCUCUCUCGACUCACGCAGAAUGAAGGAGUACGCUGUAGCUCUGCAGCCAUUCGGCAAAGGAUCAGGGCAAGUAGUGACAGAAUACAUCCACCACAAUAUCCCGAUCCAGAAGUUCACGUCAGUGGAUGAAAUGGUGGUCAAGGUGGAAAAACUCUGUAAAAAGGUCUACGUGCAGGUGGUAGACAUUUUCGACAAUGCAGAGGUGGUAAUGUCGAAGUUCAUUCAGUCUCUACUGGAGAGAGUGCUUCAGAAGUUUGUGGAUGAGGACCUGGGACCUCUGAUGGCCUCGGUGAAUGAAAGAGAGAGGUAUCUCAAGAGACUCUAUGACCUCUAUGUCAAAAUGAUGGAGCUGCACGGCAAACUGGGCAAGUAUGAGAUGAGUCUGGACAUGGCCUAUCUUGCCAAACUCAUGCGUGUCGUGUUGUUUCACAAGUACCUCUCCAACUACGCCGAGAUGGAGGCACAGCAUCUCACUGCAGUCACUACAAGGACUCUGGAAGUGUUCAAUGUCAGGAUGGGCAUAUCCAGAAAGCGUGCCGCAGGGCCAGGGGGAGGAGGGAGUGCAGGAGUUCAGGGGCGCCCGGACGAGACCUACGUCUCCAUGGAGGUGUGCACCAAUGUCCUCCAUGAGGCAAAGGAGUCGAUCCGGAGGGCUUCCGCGGUGAGUCACAAACUACCACUGCACACCAGUGAGUAUGAUCUGGCAGCUUAUCCGAGGCUAUUUGUUGUUGUUGACAAGCUUGUAGAAUCACACAAAAUGUCAUUAGAUAGGUACGUGGGCAUGCGAGUAUAAGGACCCACUCUGUGUGUGUGUGUGUGUGUGUUGUGUGUGCAGUUGCUGAUGGACAAGGAGCUGUCCGUUCUCGUUCGAGAACUGUAUUUCAUCGUUCUCGACAAACUCUGCAUCGAGCACUUUCUCACAGCUCUCGAGAUUGCCCAGUCAGCUGACCCCAAGUCGUCACCGACCGGGUUGUUCUGUCUGGUGGUGGGUGGAGUCAACAGCUCCAUGCAUCUCAUUGAAAAGCUCUACAGAGACACCGUCGUUCCUUGCAUUAGCUAUGCUCCAGAGGCGACCAAGUGUCUGGAGAGAAAAAGAGAAACUACGCUCAAACUCGAGUCUAAGAUAGAGGCUGGCAUUGAGAGAAGUCUAACAGGGAUGGUGGGCACUAUCAAGAACUUCCUCUCCAGCUGCCAGAAGAAGACAGACUUCAAACCAGACGACAUGGCUCUCCCGGCACUGACGGACGCCUGUCAGAAAGUGGUGGCCUACAUCAUGGAGUGCCGUCGAGUCCUGGACAUGUCGCUGGAUGGAAAAAAUCUCGAGGUCGUGCUACUAGAGUUUGGGAUUCGCAUACAACGCGUUAUCUACGAUCACGUCCAGCAGUUUGUGAUCAGCGAGAAUGGUGCCAUGAACAUCAUAUGCGACAUGAACGAAUACAGAAAGGCCGUCAAGGAAUUCAGCAGUCCAUUUCUUGACGAGCUGUUUGGGAGUCUCCAAGCCCUCUGCAACAUAUUCAUUGUGAAGCCAGAGAAUCUGCCACAAGUCUGUUCCGAGGAGCCCUACACUUCGUUUGAUCGCAGUGUUCUGAGCAGUCUGGUGGCCCUGAGAGCUGAUUUUAAGACUAACAAACUAGCAAAGAUAUUCACCUAACGCAGACACACCCGUAAUUUACUGCAUCAUGCCACAAUUGAUCAUCCAUUAUAAUUAUCAUCAUCAUG